AUGUUGACCUGCGACCUGGAGACACAAACUCAGAAGAUCAACUGUGGUCAGGGUCUGGUCGUGGUCCAGAGCGUAGCGGCGAGUCAUCGGGAAACGGAGUCGUGCGUCAACGGCGUUCGUCCAGAUCUCCUCGAUGCUCCUCUCUGCUCCUCGAACCCGGUCCUCCACAUCGCCCAGAACAGGUGUAACGGGAGACACAGGUGUUCAGUCCAGAUGGAUUCGUGUCACUCAGCCAGACCCUGCAGCAGCCGGUGCUUCUGGAUGGAGACGACUUACAGAUGUAUUCCUGGCAGGAUCCAUUAUGUGUGUCAGAAACGCAGAGCUUCACUUUACUGCGGCCGUCAGGUGAUCAAAGUGCUGAUGGCGAACUACGGCCGGACCAGUCGCUGGGUUUGUAGUUACAGCGCCCCCCACAGGCAGCCGCCCAACACCGGCUGUAGAAACCACGACAGUCUGAAAGUGAUGUCACACAGAUGUGAUGGAAAACACAAAUGUUCAGUUCGAGCAUCAAACCACAUCUUCUCCAACGCUUGUCCUGGAACACGGAAAUACCUGCAGUACUCGUACACCUGCGUAGAUCCUGGAAGUUACAUAUGA